UAGGCUGACAAUAUCUCGAGGACUUAUGAGAUUUGUGUUGUCGGGAAAUUGGGAUAUACGUGGAGAUGGUCCAGAGAUGCGAGUGGAGUAGCUCAUCAGUGUAGAAACAUUGCGAUGAUGGAGUGGCGUUUGUCGAGGAACCGAUUCGAUGGAAGUUGUGCUCGAACUGGUCCAUCCCCGAUUCCCCGACUUGGAUGCUUUUCUCCAUCUUAUACUUCUCGUCGGUCUUUCGUUUCUAUCACGUCGUCUGACUCCUCUUCGUCGUGGUCGCGAAUUCAGUGGAUGUCGAUAAAUACUCUGCAACCUUGUCCUCGUCAUCGUUUGUGUAUGGGGUUUAUGAUUUGUCCAAGCAUAGAAUUCUGUCACUCAGUGGAUUCAGUUACAGCAAGCGGAGUCUCGCCCGGCUAGCAAUUAGCUCGUAUGGCUCUAGCCCGGCUGGGCCCUCAGCGUCCCAAUCCGGCUGGAGUUCCAACAUGUUCUGCUUCAGCCAUCCCCAAGUCCAGUGAAUAAAGUGAGAUAAAGUGCAGUUUUGCAUGUCGGGGACUUGUGGCUCCUGCCGUCGGUGGGAAUUUUUAGAACCUGACUUAUUUGGGUUCUGAAUUGCUUGCAUUGCACAGACAUUCUGCCUCAAGCAGACUUUCUUCGCUGUAGAGAUGCUCCCUUUUAACAUCUCUACAGCGAGCGCAAUGUGGUAGCAGGAGCAGAUAUUCUUCACACGAAAUCUGCUGCACCAUGACUGGUCGUGAUCUGUUUACGGUUUGGGUGAAGCUGUUGGGGACGAUUGCCUAUUGGAAUUCAAAAUACCUCACGAUGCAUCUAUCUCAGUAAAGGGAGCCGUGGGAUGCGAAGGUGAUCCAGAAGGUCUUUUAAGCACCCUGAAACUGAGCUGAUCCCUUUUACAGACGAGUUCCAGGAAGAGGCCACCUUAUCUGAGGGGCCAGCACAUUUUCCUCUGAUUCCGACUAUCUUUUGCUGAGCCUGUGUCUUCGCUCAGUUAUGGUGGAUUGGGUUGAAGAACGAAAUCCAAUACAGCUGUGUACGAUUGCAGCAGCUGGUCUGAUUUGAUAUUCACACCAUUGAGAGGUUUUGAAAUGCUAGCCUCUUCCUACUUCCCCACUCUUCAGCUCUCGUACAAAACCGAAACUAAACAGUCUAGAUUCUUUCUAUUCUGUGUAGAUUGUAUGACCAGGGUAGAACGAACAUGAGUAGUCGGAAUGUCCAUCUAAAUAAUGCCCGGAGUCAGGUCAAGCAGAGAGAGUUCGAUACUGUGAUGGUAGACGAAGCCUGCACGGACCCAAUGCUCGAUAGUCCCCCUAUGCGAAGAAUCCAGACCAAUUUCAGUAGACAACUUUCACGAUGCUGCAUCACCCAGGACAACCGCGAAGGAGGAACCACGGAGUCUGCACGCGCAACUCCGGAAUGAGACAAGGUGUGUCUGAUUGAGCUCUUCUGACGCUUAUAGUUUCAUAUCAGACCACCGUUUUCAGGUGACCUCCCUAAGUUUCAGGUGUGUCGAGAUUGAGAUUAAAGAGGUUUAUAUUACUAAUUGUAUCCUCCAAAGGUCCUUCAAAACUAAUUAGCUUACUUAUCCAUCAGUAGAGGUUUUACAAGCUGAAGAAUCUCCAUCGUCAUAUUCUUCCCGGUUAACUUAACUGAUGAUUUUGGUAAGGUAUGGUUGAAAUUUCAUGAAAAAUAUGGUCAGCAGAACACUACUUGAAAUCAUUCCGAUACAUAUGUGGCUUGAUCUUUAAACAGUCAAGAAGGCAGUGAUGAUGGUAGUGAGAUCUCGGAUGAUGAAUCGAGUACAUGAGAUCAUCGAUCGAAGAAGCUUGGUCUGCGUUGAGUAGAUUGUGGACAGGUUGUGAAACUCCACCCUCAGUACCUAAGAGCUUUUUCCUGCGAAGGAGUCCAAGCCUUCUGGAACCAUGCCACACUUACAAGGUCCUUAUACACAUGAGAUGCUGACUCUACAGCCUGCAACAAAUCUUAAGUUGUAAUAGUGUCAUUACUGACCAGUCAAGCUCACAUUGUGACCACCUUGAUGAUUCUUGCUGACGAACUUGUCAGACGUAUGUGCACUCUUUUGGUUUCGUUCCAGUGCUACUGAACAGUACUGCUGGCAUUUGAAACUUCGUGUUCUGAAGUUGUACAGACAAGAGACCGUUCCUGAUCUCUCUAAAAGGUUGAAGACUAAGGUCUUAAAAAUGUCGAUCAAGAUCUCAUUUGCUUCUAGGCUAGCUGUGAGUAGAAUUUAUAGCUAAAAAUUAGCUAUUUCCUCUGGAAUGUUAGUGUUGUAAAUUAGAAGAAUACGGCCGUAUAAGAAUUCAAGACGGGACCGCAAUAGGUAUGGGCGUUAAGGGUUGUCAGUAUUAUCUUCAUUCAUCAUGCAUUCCAAAGUGCUGCUGCAAUUGUCAUGUGAUUCACGGGCCCUGUUUAUAUUCUUAUACAUGUGUGAUGUAGAGAGAUGUGUUCACUCUAAACUCCACUCCAUAAUAUUACAGGCUCUAAGCGUGUUUCAUUAUGCUUGUUAACAUUCUCUGUAUUUUACCAUAAAUAUGACAUAUCCUGCAUGCUCUCUAUUCACUCAGUAUCAUGGUAUCAGGAAUUCACAUAGCUGGAAUGUUGCU